AUGGCCGACACCUGGAAAUGGACAGCUGACUCGAAACUCUGCUUCGUCACUACUGGAGCCACAGCACCAUUUACUGCUCUUAUUGAAUCUGUACUGAGCCCCCCGAGCUUGGAUGCUUUGCGGCAACGAGGCUUCACACAUCUCCUGGUUCAGUAUGGCUCAGCAAAGGACAUUUAUACUAAAUGUGCUAGCGAUGCUUGCGCCCACUUACAACAGGCUCAAUCACAGCGGGAGUUGAUAAUAGAUGGGAUUGAUUUCAACCCAGAAGGUCUCCAAGCGCAGUUUCAGCUGGUCCAGAGAUCAAAAGGCCUAGUCAUCUCACAUGCUGGGUCGGGCUCGAUCCUAGAAGCCCUUCGAUAUCAAAUCCCACUUGUAGUCGUGCCCAAUACAGGGCUUCUCGACAACCAUCAGGAAGAGCUCGCUGAUGCAAUGGAGCGCAACAACUAUCUCAUCCGCGGCGAUGUCACAAAUCUGGCGCCUGCGAUAAAUCGGUCGGAUGAAUUUCGGGUCAAAAUGUCACAAUUCCCGCCCAUUACUAGUGGCAAGCAUCGCGAGACUAAGAGUUUCGCGGCCAUUAUGGAUGAGACGGCGGGUUUCAUGGACUAA